AUGGCGUUCAUUAAUCUAAAUCCAAACCGAGGAGGAAUAUGGCGACGUGCGGCCUGCCUUUUUUCUUUGUGGUGUUUUUUUCUAAACGCAACGGAUGCACAAAUCCGUUACUCAAUCCCCGAGGAGAUGAAAAAAGGCUCGCUCGUCGGAAAUGUGGCACAAGAUCUGGGUUUGGAUAUAAAAAGACUCCGAUCUGGGCGGGCCCGUAUAGUGACGGGGGAAAACGUCCAGUACACCGAGCUGAAAGCGGACAAAGGGCUGCUGGUUGUCAAUGAGAGGAUAGACCGAGAACAGCUGUGUGGAGACGUGACGCCGUGCAGCUUCACCUUUGAAAUAUUAUUGGAAAAUCCCAUGGAAUUGCAUCCUGUGACCAUCGAAGUAUUGGACGUCAAUGACAACGCUCCCAUAUUUGAAAGUAGACAUGUAGAAUUUGAAAUAAGCGAGUCUGCUGCUCUUGGCUCCCGUUUUGUUGUGGAUGCUGCAUAUGAUGCUGAUGUGGGUACAAACGGUGUACAAAGCUACAUUUUGACACCUGGUGAUAAUUUUGUUUUAAAACAACACGUCAGUCCUGUAGGAAGUAAAUAUACAGAAAUGGUGCUUCAGAAAGCAUUAGACAGAGAGGAACAGCCGCGACUCUCGUUAAAAUUAGUGGCUGUGGAUGGAGGAAAUCCACAAAAAUCGGGUACAGUAAAUAUUGAAAUUGACAUUCAAGAUAAUAAUGAUAAUGCUCCAGUCUUUAAUCAAACUUCAUACAAAGCAAAAGUGACUGAAAAUGCACCAAAAGGCACUCAUGUUUUGACUGUUAAUGCUAGUGACGCAGACAGUGGCUCAAAUGCUCAUGUAACAUACUCGUUUUCAAAAUCGAAGGCAGGAAUAACACAUUUGUUUCAUAUAGAUGAAAUAACAGGAUGUAUAUCUGUUGCAAAACAGAUUGAUUAUGAAAAAUAUAAAACAAUAGAGUUCAUGGUUGAAGCCAAAGAUCAAGGUGCAUUGACAGAUUCUACCAAAGUGGAAAUAGAAGUACUGGAUUUGAAUGAUAAUGUCCCAGUUAUUAACGUUAUGUCCUUCACUAUGUCUGUGUCAGAGGACUCCCCUGCUGGUACCACUAUUGGUAUCAUUAAUGUAAAAGACUUGGAUUCUGGUGAAAAUGGUCAUGUUAGUUGUGUAAUUAAUGGUCACGCUCCAUUUAGGAUUAAAACCAAUUUGAGAAAUUAUUUUGCAUUGAUGACUGAUGCUGUCUUAGACCGUGAAAGUGUGUCAGAAUAUAACAUCACAGUUGUUGCAUCUGAUUCCGGCUCUCCUUCCCUUUCCACAAAAAAGACUUUUAUUUUGAAAAUUGCAGACGUAAAUGACAAUGCUCCCGUCUUUCCCGCCAGCUUCUAUCGUGCAAACAUUGAAGAAAACAACUCUCCAGGUGUUUCUGUGCUCAGAGUGAGUGCCAAAGAUACGGAUGAAAAUCAGAACGCUCGUGUCUCUUAUAUGUUGGAGCAGGGUGAAAUGGGAGGAAGUCCAAUUAGUGAAUUUGUGUCGGUAAAUGCAGAAAGUGGAGUUAUUAGCGCAGUUCGAUCAUUUGAUUAUGAGCAAAUCAAAGAAGUAAUAUUUACCGUCCGAGCUCAGGACGGAGGCUCCCCUCCUCUGAGCAGCAACGUAAGCGUGACCAUCCUGAUCCAGGACUCCAACGAUAACGGCCCGCAAGUCCUGUACCCGGUCCAAGUGGGUGGGUCAGUGCUUGCCGAAAUGGUGCCUCGUUCGGCAGACGUGGGCUAUCUCGUGACUAAAGUGGUGGCUGUGGAUGUGGACUCUGGACAGAACGCUUGGCUUUCGUAUAAAGUGCAGAAAGCCACAGACAGGGCGCUUUUUGAAGUUGGCCUCCACAAUGGAGAAAUAAGAACUGCCCGCCAAGUGACUGAUAAAGAUGCUGUCAAACAAAGACUGAGUGUUGUAGUUGAGGACAACGGGCAGCCUUCUCGUUCCGCUACAGUCAUUGUUAAUGUGGCAGUGGCAGACAACUUCCCUGAAGUUCUGUCGGAGUUCACUGACUUUAGCAUACAUGGCAAGGAGUACAACGACAAGCUGACUUUUUACUUAAUCUUGGCUUUGGCGGUGGUCUCCUUCCUCUUCAUCACUUGUUUGCUGCUUAUCAUAUCAGUCAAAGUGUACAGGUGGAGACAGUCUCGCAUAUUGUACCACUCCAACAUGCCCGUCAUUCCAUAUUAUCCGCCACAGUACUCGGAUACUUUGAGGACGGGGACUCUCCCACAUGUGUACAAUUACGAAGUGUGCAGGACCACUGACUCCAGAAAAAGUGACAUGAAAAAUAUGCAAGCCAUGAGUCAAAGUUUAGUCAGCGUGGAUGGAGCUGAUGCAGAACCACCACAUCAGAACAAGCAGAUGUCAGGAAACUUUUCACAGAUGUCAACUUUGGUAAGUCAAAUAUUCAAUCAUCUGUGUGUAUAA